AGACAACUACAUUUCCCACAAUGCCCUCUGACACGUUAUUAGUCACAUGGUUGGUUAUAGACUCCUCGACUUCCCGCCGCUGAGCGUGACUGACUAUAGCCCACUGCACAACCUUUAACGAUGCCUAAGUCUAAAGAAGUGCUGUCUUCCACUUCUGGCAGUGAUUCAGACAGUGAUACAGAAAAAAAGGCCAAAAGAAAGAAGGCAAGUGCUCCUGAGAAGCCUGCUAAAAAACAGAAAAGUGGAGAGACCUCCAAACCGAGUGGCUCUGCUAAGAGUGACCGAAACAAUGAUGAUAACUUGUUCCAGAUUGGAAAGCUGAGAUACGUCAGCGUCAGAGAUUUUAAAGGCAAGGUUUUGAUUGACAUUCGAGAGUACUGGAUGGACCAAGCUGGUGAGAUGAAGCCUGGAAAAAAAGGUAUUUCAUUGAAUCCUGAGCAGUGGAAUCAGCUGAAGGAACAAAUGUCGGACAUCGAUGAUGCAAUUAGAAGAUUGUAAGAGCUCUUUGUGCAGUGAAUGGUUGUCUGGUUCUUUUUAGAGUUCCAUUCUUUGGUACAUGGGGACUUUAACAAAAUAUUUCCUGUUUCAACUUGUACUUAUAUGUAUGCUGUUAAAUUUGAAGAGACUUCUUUAGUUAUAUUUUUGUUAAUUUCCAAAUGUCUGCUGUUAAUUGUUGUGUAUGAAUAGUAAGUCUUGACUGUGAUUAUUUUAUUAGUGCAAUAGCUGCAUUGUUCUCAUACUCUGCCUACAUAAUAAAGGCUUUUUUGGUUUGGAGUCUGUAUUUUUGAUUGAGUAUAAAAAUAUUAACCAUGUUUAGAUUUUUUUUUUUUUUUCUUUGCUCCCUAUAACAUAAAGUACAUAUUUUUAAACUCAAAGUUGUUGUGAUCCCGACAAUAAACAAAGCAGUAACGGAUGGCCUAAAAUGAAGGCGUUUGGCACUUUAUGAUGCAGCUUGUGUCCAGUCCUGAGUGCUUAUGUGUAAUUUGCUUGCCUUUGCGUGGGAGGAGGAAUUAUAAUGGUCUGUACACUCAAACAUAGACCAGACUCCGGAAUAAAAACAGCCCUUUCACUUGACUGUCCAGAAGAGCCAUCUUGCAUCAAUUGCAUUUGCUGUCUAAAUUAAAUCACUC